GGAGCCGAAACCUGACGCCCGCGUCCUCCCUCCCGAGAGCCGCGGCCUUGCCGCGCCCGCCCUCCGCCUUGUCCCCUCCGUGAGGCGGCUGCCGCUCGCCUGCGGGGUCCCCCCCCCCCCGCACCCCCCAGCCGCUCAAACGGUGGCCGAAGAGGCUGUUUCACCUCAGAAAUUGCCCUUUCUUUGCUGGCUCCUUGCCUGUUGCUUUCUUGAGGCUCACAGGAUGCGGGUUAUAUAAAACUAUUAAUCGAUACAAUUUAAAAGCGUUUGGCCUGUUAAGCCCUUAUCAAUGUCACAACAUCUUGCAUUUGUGGUGGUGUCGCUGUGUUCACAGCAGUGGCUUCAUGACAUUUGUGAAGAGAAUGGAUGGGAACACAGAUGUUCUCCUAUCAUUUGGAGAGAACUGUUGGACCGCGGAGGGAAGGGUCUGCUUCUGGGAGGACUUAAUGAUUUUCUGGAACACGCUCAGCACUAUUACGGCAUCACCUCAAGGAUGUUGAGUGAGGAAAUGUUAAGCAUUGCUGAGGAGAACCUCCGGGAGUAUAUUGAAAUUGAAAAAGAGGAGGAAGAGAUUAAAAGUCUUAUCAAGCCUUUACAGAUCUGGAUCACCAGUGCAUCCUCUCCAAUCUGUUAUCGCCUGAUCCCUCUGUUGGCAAAUGGAGAAGUGUUUGGGAUGACCACAGAAAUCAGUAUCCAUUUGCUUGACACUGACCAGUCUAAGGAAGUUCUUUGUGGUAUUGUAAUGGAAGCUGAAGACAUGGCGCUCCCGCUCCUCCGCAGUAUUUCAGAGCACACUGAAAUAGAUGAGGCUUUUAUCCAAGCAGAUGUUGUCAUUGUUCUUGAUGAUGUCCUCUUAAACUGUGAAGUCCAGUCCCUUGAGAACUACAUCAGAGAAAUGAGUGAGAUCUGUCAAGUGUAUGCUCCCUUGAUUGAGAAGAAUGCCAAGAGUGAGGUCAGAGUAAUUUCAUCAGGAAAAACCUUUGUAAACCUUAAGGCGGUGAUGAUUAUGAUGUACGGCCCAUCCAUUAAGCCUAAAAAUGUCAUUGCCAUUGCGACAACCUGGGAAAGUGCAACUAAAGCCACACUGGCCAGGAAGCUGAACACGAAUGUAGCAGGAGUUAAGAAUGUGAUUGUUUGGGGCAAUAUUACUGGCUCUAACUACAUUGAUUUGUCACAUGCAAAACUUUAUGGAUAUGACUGUGCUAUUUGGGGCCCAGCUGAUUUUUCACGUCCUUUGUUGAAUAUGAUUUAUGAUAGCGAAUGGAUCCAUUCAGAAUUGCAAUCUGCACAGAGUUCACUGAGUUCCCGGCUCUGUCACUACGUAGGAAUGUUACCUGCUCACGCGGUGGCCACUGUACUAAGAUACUGGUAUCAUGGCUCUCCUCCUGGGGAAAUCAUUUCUGUGGGAGUACGUACUGAAGGUCAGUUUUGUGUUCCUGAAGGUAUUGUCUUCUCUAUGCCGGUGAGGUUCCAGAAUGGUAACUGGGAAGUCGUGACAGAAUUAGCAAUCAAUGAAAAGACCCAAGGAGUUCUGGGGCGCUUAGCCCAUGAGCUGAUUCAGGAAAAGCUUGUUGCACUAAAGGAAAUACAAGAAAUGCAACCGUACGGAGGGGAUAAAAUCCCUAGUUAAAAAUAUUUGUGUCAAGAGAUGGAAACCUUGCCUGCUGGCUCAUCUUAGCCAGAGCUGUCUGGAGGAGAAGUGCUGAAAGUCCCGUGCUAAAAUGAUGUUUCCAUCACUCAAAAGAGCAAACUACAAAGAAUGGCUAAACAUUGUCACAGUUUUUACAGUGUCUUCCUUGUUGAAAACCUGGAAAUCUGUAGGAAGAAAAAUGUUUCAAAAACAGUGUGAAUAUAACAUUCUUUAUCUGGAGACUUGAAUGAGCCUAGGAUUUCUACUUCUUCAGACCAGUAAAUCAUUCUGAAAACAUCGUUUAAUGCCUAAAAUGUUCAUAUUUUGACAAUUCAGAGCAAGAUUGUCACACAUAAGAGUAGCAGUUUUAUAACUCCAGAUUCUUGUCUCAGAUGUAAUGAAACACAGUCCUGUGUAAGAAUACAUAUUCUCAGGCAAAAUUGAUAUUUAACACAAAAAUUUAAGUGCAUACAACUCCUUAGUGACAAGAUCAGUUUUGUCUCUAUGUUUCUUAUUUAUUUAAUGAGUUUCAUUAAAUGAAUGACUCCUCAUAUGUUUUAAGUCAAACAUGGAAUCAGUUAAGUCCUUAUCUAAACAGAAUUACUGAUGAAGCACGUCCAUUUGCAUGUCUUUGGUGUCUUAAAGGAUGGAGACUGUUAAAUAAAAUAUUAUUGUACUUGCUAAUUUUUUAUCAGUUGUGAGUGUUUAAAGCAAAAUAAAAGGUUUCCUCUUCUUU